UUUCAGAGACCCUGUCUACUCCACUCUCUCCCCAUCAGACGCCAGAAGCAAUAAACACUGCAUAUCUCGCAUCACUCUAGCUCAACUCUUCGCUGUCAACUCUCUCUCUCUCUCUCUCUCUCUCUCUCUCUCAUGUAGUCAUGUUCACGGCUGACCCUCCUAUCUCGGCCACCGGCGUCGGCGUCGGCUACGGCAUCGCCAUCGCCGUCAGCAUCCUCGUACUCAUCUCCGCCAUCAUGCUCGCCUCUUACGCCUGCGUCAAAGUCAAAGCCCACGGCGGUUUUUACAUCGACGAGUCCAACUCCCACCGCCGCUCCCCCACCACCACCACCAGCAACUAUUCCGCCGAGCCAGUGACGGUCGUGCUGGGCCUCGAUGGGCCUACCAUAGACUCUUACCCGAAGAUAGUUCUCGGCGAAAGCCGGCGGCUGCCUAAGCCGAACGACGGCGUUUGCUCCAUCUGCUUGUCAGAGUACCAGGCCAAGGAUCCCGUACGGUGCAUCCCGGAUUGCCAUCACUGUUUCCACGUUGAUUGCGUAGACGAAUGGCUGCGCAUGAGUGCCACGUGUCCCGUCUGUAGAAACUCUCCGGCUCCGUCGCCGGGUCCGAGUCCUCUAUCCGAUUUGGUACCCCUGGCACUCCAUUAUUCUACGUGAUUGUAAUUAUGGUUUUCAGUUGUUUCUUAAAUAAAAUUUCUGUUUAGUUCAUUUUUUAGAUUUCAUUGAUUUUUCUGUUCCUCGACUGAUGGAGCGCACAUGGGUAUUUGAAAAGGUUGAUGAAAAUUAUGAUAACCUCAAAUUGUGGGUCUAUC